AUGAUUAAAAAUUUAAAAAUUCAAUUUUUAAUUGGACAAGAUCCAGCUGUAUUUAUUCAGCUGAAAAAAGUAAUUGAAAAUGAUGCCAAAGAUAUUGUUAGCCGUAUAGGUGUUGGUUUAACAUUCAUAAGAAAAAAUAAAAAUUUAAUGGGCUAUAAUGAAGCAGAUUUUAAAAUUGUGGCUGAUAUACAAAGAGCAAAGCUAAAAUUGCGUUCGGAGAUGAAUGAAGCUGACAAUCUUAAAAACGAAAAUUUGGCCGAGGAAAUUAUUCAAGGUGAAGAUGCUGAAGGAUUUAAACAAAAAUAUACUGAAAGAUUUAAAGAAAUUACGGAAGUAGCAAAGAAUGGCAUUUUUGAGGUUAUUGCUAUAAAUAUUUUAAAGAUUUUAAAGGGUACAUUAUCACCCUAA